GUUGUUAUGGAUUAACGGGCUGGGUUACCAAGGAGACGUGAGCUGUGGUGCUAGUCGCUGCUAGCCGCUAAACUCGGGGAAAGAGAAAAGAGGACUCUCGGUGCCACAUGUUGUUUUUUAAGAGGGUCUUUGCGACAUGGCAGAGGUGCACAUUGUAGGUCAGAUAGUCGGGGCCAGUGGUUUCCCGCAAAAUAGCCUAUUUUGCAAAUGGGGAGUUCAUACGGGAGGAGCAUGGCGUCUCCUCUCUGGGUUGAAGGAGGGUCAGACCCAGGUUGAUAACCCCCAAACAGGAGACAUGGCGUACUGGAGUCACCCGAUUGAUCUGCACUACGCAACCAAGGGGCUCCAAGGCUGGCCAAAGCUUCACCUCCAAGUGUGGCAGCAGGACUCUUACGGGCGCUGCCAGCUGUACGGGUACGGGUACUGCCACGUCCCGUCGAGUCCUGGACAUCACCGCAUUAGCUGCGGAACGUGGAGGCCGCUCGGCUCCUGGCAAGAGCAGCUGGCUCAAAUCUUUGUCGGCGGAGGACCCCAGCUCCGGAACCCGGAGCUCGUUUACAGCGGAGCGGACAGAUACAGACUCAACACCGAAGCUAUGGGCACAGUGGAGCUGGAGCUGGGCAUUAUCAUGAGACACUUUGACAAAUAUGGCGUCGAGAGUUAAUACCAACACAAUGAAAUUAGAAGGACAUUGCAGAAUAUGAUUUUAUUAUAUAUUGUGCAGGCUGAGGGCUAACUAAGUAAAGUUUGUACUUUUUUUUUUCUAAAAAUGUGUUUGGGUUUUUACAUUUUCGGUGUAUGUAAAUAAAUUAUGAAUGAAGUUG